UAAAGAUUUAGAUAUGAUGUUCUUACAAGGCUAUAUAUGCUGUUCCUUCAUGGUCUAUUCUUCCGACAUAAUCCAGACAACACAGGGUGAAUUUUCAGCCUUUAUCUCGCAUUCAAGAGAUCACUUGGAAUCUUUUGGAAAAAAGAAAAAAAGAUCUUCAAAGAAAAAAGAAUGCAGGACAGUGAAAUCGAAGAAUUAGCGGAUGAAAUUAGAGCACAGCUAUGUGAAGUACCUUCGCCGCAUCCAGAAUUUUGCAUUGGUAGAGUGAGGAGAGGACUAAGAGAAGCACAUAGGGUGGCUUACAUACCCAUGACAAUCUCAAUAGGUCCUCUUCAUCACAGCAGAAGGGACCUAACCACAAUGGAAAAAUACAAACAACACUACACAAAAGCCUUCCUUCGACAGAGUCCACACAUGUUGCUCGAAGAUUACCUGAAAGCACUUCAAGGCCUGGAAGAGAAAGCGCGUAGAUGCUAUGGCGAAAUAAUUGACCUUAGCAGCAAGAAGUUCAAGAAAAUGAUGUUGUAUGAUGGAUGCUUCAUAAUUGAAUUAUUUCUUAGGUUUAUGAGGGAGGCACCAGGAUCAGUAGAUGAUCCUAUAUUGAAGAGAAUUGGAUUGCUAAAAAGAAUCAAACGAGACAUGAUACUGUUCGAGAAUCAGCUGCCUUAUUUCGUCCUGCAAUGCUUGUUCAACAUAAGUUCAGUCUUCAAUGGAGGACCUUCUCUUAUAGAUUUAGCACUUAAUUUUUUCAGUGACAUUAUUCCAGGACAUAAAAAAUUUCCUCAGGAAAUGGGUGUUGAUAUUAAACAUUUACUUGACCUUCUACGCCAUAGCUAUGCUCCAUCUUGGAUCGAUGAGCAUGCAUUCGACAAUGAACCUGAGGUACUUAUACAUAGCGCAACCGAUCUUAAGAUCAAAGCGGCAAUUAAGUUCAGGACAGCUGGCAGGGCAAAGAGCUUGCUAGACAUUAAAUUUCAUUCUAAUGGCUUGAUGGAGAUACCGAGAUUGAAGCUUCAAGCUGAGACUGAAUCCCUCUUCCGAAAUUUUAUGGCCUUUGAGCAAUGCUGUGAGAGGUCACACGCUUAUAUAACUGAUUACAUCUCCUUCAUGGGAAGCUUGAUUAAGGCUUGGGACGAUGCAAAUUUGUUAUGUGACAUAGGAAUAAUAGAGAGUCACUUGCCAUGUGACCCUCUUGCUAUAACUGAUCUUUUCAGAACACUGAGCAAGGAAUUGGUAGUGUACAAUUGCUAUUAUUCUAGACUCUGCAAGAGGGUGAACUUCUGUUGCACUAGGCUGCAACUGCCGUGGCCCUGGGCGGAAACAACCGUGUGUAACUGCUGCUCAGUGUUCAUUCUGGGAAUUCUACUGGUUUUUCUAUGGUUGGUUUGGUUGCGUUUUGUACUUAAAAUAAGCUUGCUGGUCCAUGGAUGAGCAUUUGCGAGUUCAUGGGUGCUUUAAUCUUGGUUAUAUUCUAGUGUGUAUACUCUUUCAAUUUUAGACGCUUUAGUGUUGUAUAUUUGAGGUGGGAUCUUUAUUAAAUUUCUUUCAAAUUCUUUUACA